CAGGCGCGCCGCUCGCUCAGGUGAGUUGGGCGGGGCGGAGAGAGGCGGCAGAGGCCAGUGGGGGAGCGGACGUCUGGCUCUGAAGGAGGAGGAUAGGGGGCAGCGGUGAAAUGUCCUCCUCCGCCUCUAUGCCCGCUGCUUCCUCUGCGGCUGUGGGAAUCCUGCCCGCCACCUCUGCCAAGACCAAGACGAAGAAGAAACACUUCGUGCAGCAGAAGGUGAAGGUGUUCCGAGCCAGCGACCAGCUCGUCAGCGUCUUCAUGUGGGGAGUCAACCACUCGAUCAAUGAACUCAAUCAAGUUCCAGUUCCAGUGAUGCUCUUGCCAGAUGAUUUUAAAGCCAAUUCAAAAAUUAAGGUGACAAAUCACCUUUUUAACAGAGAGAACUUGCCCAGUCACUUUAAAUUUAAGGACUAUUGCCCACAAGUUUUCCGAAAUCUCAGGGAGCGGUUUGGAAUAGAUGAUCAGGAUUACCAGGUUUCCUUAACACGCAGUUCACCUUACAGUGAAAGUGAAGCGCAUGAUGGGCGCUUCCUUUUGUCUUAUGACAAGACCCUGGCAGUUAAAGAAAUAUCCAGUGAAGAUGUUGCAAAUGUGCACAGUAUUUUGUCUGAUUACCACCAACAUAUUGUAAAAUGUCAUGGCAGCACGCUUUUACCUCAAUUUCUGGGGAUGUAUCGUCUGAGUGUAGACAAUGAAGACUCUUACAUGCUGGUUAUGAGAAAUAUGUUCAGUCACCGGCUUACAGUCCACAGGAAGUAUGAUCUGAAGGGUUCCCUGGUGUCUCGAGAAGCCAGUGAUAAAGAAAAGAUAAAAGAAUUGCCAACUUUUAAAGACAUGGAUUUCUUAAAUAUGAGUCAGAAACUGUAUGUCGAUGAAGAGCAAAAGAAGACUUUCAUGGAGAAGCUGAAGCGCGAUGUUGAGCUUCUAGUGCAAUUAAAAAUCAUGGAUUAUAGUCUGUUGCUGGGAAUUAAUGAUGUCGUUAGAGCCGAGCAAGAGGAGGACGAGGAGAUGGAAGAGGAGGAUGCUGAAAAUGAGGGACCUGGACAUGUCGUUGGCUCUUAUGGGACUUCCCCGGAAGGAAUCGCAGGAUACCUGAACUGCCACAAACCUCUGGGCGCGGGAGAAUUUGUCCCUUAUAUUGAUGUAUAUGCACUCAAAAGUUCUGACAGUGCUCCACAAAAAGAGGUCUAUUUCAUGGGACUCAUUGACAUUUUAACACCGUAUGAUGCAAAGAAGAAAGCCGCUCAUGCAGCUAAAACUGUGAAGCAUGGGGCUGGAGCUGAGAUUUCUACCGUUCAUCCAGACCAGUAUGGGAAGAGAUUCCUGGAGUUUGUCACACAUAUCUUUGCAUAAAGCUUCAG